UAGCAAUCCCAAUCGCGAUAAACAUUAGUAUAUAUAGGAAUGCAAUAAUCGAUUCUACAUAAUUGUACAAGAAAGCAAAUAUUAAAAGCAAAUAUGAAAUUCUUAGUAGUCGCCUUCGCCACCCUCGCCCUGGCCGUUGCCAGCCCGACACAGCGCGCCCUGGUACAACCGGCCCCCGGCGGCCCCGCACCCAUCAUUGACCUAGACAACUUCGAGCCCAUCGCCAUCGGACCCGCUGUCAUCGACAACUUCGAACCCAUCGCAAUCGGACCCGCUAUCGUCAAGCCUCCCACUCCCUCAGCCUCAUCUCCUCUGGUACAAAUCAUCUUGAAUGUAAACUCCAAUGUUGCCGGGUCUCCGGUUGUCAUCGAGGGUGCACCUGUACCUACACCAGUUCAAGUAGUCGAAGAGGCUGAUACUCCCGAGGGUGUCAUCGUCGCCGAGCCCGUGAUCGUCCCUGAGCCCGUGCUCGUGGUCGACCAGCCCGCUGCUCCCGAGGCCAUCAACGUCGCCGAGCCCAUAUUCGUGCCUCCCGUCGUCAGUCUUCCCGACACCCUGAACUAAAUCUCAAAAUCUCAACAUAAUCGAUAGCUGAUACAAACGAUGCUGUGAUCAUACUAAUAAAAUAUAAUUCUAUUUGACCUCCGUUACAAUUUUCGGUAGGGUUUAUCGAAUAAAGGUCUAGUAUUAUUAUA